CAAUAAAGGUUUAUCAUUUUCAAAACUUCAGAUAUCUGAUGAUAGUAUAGUCCUUUUUCUCUCAAGUAUAAUAUAAUUGAUUCUAUUGUUUCCAUCAUUGAAGGAAAUGAUCAUAGACGACUAAAUAACAUUUUCCGUUUUUAAAUACUUAUUUAAUCUCAAUUUAAUCAGUCAGCCUCAUUAACAUUCAUAAGAGAUUUGAAAACAACAACAGCAGAACAGAAACAACACAACAGAAUGAACAAGCGUAACAACCCUAAAAUAACUAAAGCUAAAAUCUCCCAGUGAGUCAGUGCAAGACUCAAAGAAGAAAAUGAAUAGAGUAAUAUGAGAGAGGAGAGGUGAGGUAGUUCGGAAGCUCCAACAGUAGAUCUUUAUAACUGAAUAACAUAUGAUGGAUUUCUCUUCUUCACUGGAAGGAAUUCCAAAAAAACGUUUAAUCUAGAGAACAACAAUGAGUGUGAAUAUGUAUUUUAGAAUUUAAGUGGAAGAGCUGUGCAGCUUUCAAAGAACAACCCUCACCGUUUGCUCCCUGUCUCUGCCAGCUGAAGCAGUCAGGGACCAUGUGCCGGGAGCCCGCGGGGGCCUGUGACCUGCCUGAGUACUGCACCGGGGCCUCCCCCUACUGCCCCUCCAACGUGUACCUGCUGGACGGAUCCUCCUGCCAGUACGGAGUGGCCUACUGCUACACCGGCAUGUGCCUCACCCACCAGCAGCAGUGCCUGCAGCUGUGGGGCUACGGAGCCCGCCCGGCCCAUGAUGCCUGCUUCGAAGAUGUCAAUGCAGCAGGGAACGCUUUUGGGAACUGUGGGAAAGAUGAACAUGGCAACUAUAUGAAGUGUCAGAAAAGCGAUGCGAAGUGCGGUAAGAUCCAGUGCCACAGUGCUGCCAAGAAGCCCAAAGGCACCAACGCCGUCUCCAUAGACACCACCAUCAAGACGGACGGCAUCGAGGUGAAGUGCCGCGGCACCUAUGUCUACAGCACCCAGGACGGCCAGGGGGACCUGCCGGACCCCGGCCUCGUGAUGACCGGCACCAAGUGUGGGGAGGGCAAGGUAGGCAGAGACCGCCAAUGCCUCCAAACUCCACUAAAUAAACCCAUAAGUCAACCUGGAGCUAACAGCUGUCACAUCUUUGUUCUUAAAGCUUAA